GCAGCUGCAGAGCUGCACCGUCUGAGAAACAUGUUCUUAAAGCCUAUAAAUCCUGGGAAAUUAUGGAUCAGACUGGUGUGCCAUGCCUCUGUUGCUUCUGGCGUGUGUGACUUAUUAUGGAGCAGUUAAUAAGAUAGUCAGUGAGCUGAGGGGAGCAAUAUGUUGAAUCUACAGAGAGGGCUCAUACGGCACAUCAAGCAGCCAAGCAGCAGCGACGAGUGCCCUCCAUCAUAUACUCAUCCCACCUCAACUGUUAAGUGGUCGAUAGCUGCAUGAGAUCCGCUUUUUGUCAAGGUCAACUUGACAGUGAGCUGUCAGAGCAAUUAGUCAAGUGGGCAAUCUCAAGAAUAGCCCAUUUGAAAAUAGGCUUCAGGUUGAAUGGGUUUUCUAAAUGACCUUCUCCUUCCCCACUGUCUUUCUGGAGAAAAUAUUUAAUGAAAGGUACGGCAAGGAAAGAAGCGAGGAUUGACGAGUUCAUAUUGGAACGUGUCCCACAGAUGAACCUGAACUUUCAGUUCCGAUAGCUGCUCCUCCUCUGCACCGAUCACUCCGUAACAGGACCAGGCAGAAAUGCUCACUGCUAUUCGGGCUUGUCUUCUACCAGUUAUCAAGCUUUACCUGCUUGGAUUGAAGGUGCUGUUGGUUCAGCUGGUCAGCAAACCUUUCAGGUUGCCAGUGAUGCCCAGACAAGAUGGCAAGGUUGCCAUAGUGACAGGAGGAGCCAGGGGAAUCGGUUAUGAGGUAGUCCGCCACAUGGCCAGACUGGGUGUGCAUGUUAUCAUAGGUGGAAGGGAUGAGCAGGAGGGUCAGGCAGCCAUCAGAAGGAUCUGUGAAGAGAACACAGAGGCCAAAGUGGAGUUCAAGAAACUGGACCUAGCCUCUUUGCAGUCUGUCCGUCAAUUUGUCCAGAGCUUCAAAGAGCGAGACCUGCCGCUGCACAUCCUGGUCAAUAAUGCGGGUGUCAUGCUGGUUCCAGAGGGACGUACUGAAGACGGAUUUGAGCAGCACUUUGGCGUGAAUUACCUAGGACACUUCCUGUUGACCUGGCUUCUCCUGAACACACUAAAGGAUUCUGGGAAAUGUGGUUCCUUCUCCCGUGUGGUCACCGUCUCCUCCUCUGCGCACCGCAUCGGCGAAAUCAGACUCUGUGACCUUAAUAGUUGCCAAUGUUAUUCAGCCCAUGCUGCUUAUUGUCACAGCAAGCUGGCCCAGCUGUUAUUUAGUUCCCACCUCCACCAGGAGUUGCAGCGAGGGGGUUCCCCAGUGAGUUCAUGUGCUGUGGAUCCCGGGAUGGUGGACACAGCUCUCUAUCGCCACCUUUGGAUGCCCCUGUGGUUGGCACAGAGCUUCGUCGCUCGUCUGCUUUUCAGGACUCCUGAAGAGGGUGCUGCCACUGUGCUGUACACCGCCCUGUCACCAGCCCUGGAGGUAGAGAGUGGAGGAGGCUAUUGGGCCAAUGGGCGCAGGGAGAUGACAACACCACCGACCUUUGACCCCCUGCUGCAGCUGAGCCUUUGGGAAACCAGCCUCCACUUGCUGGGCCUGCAGUAGCAUGUGACUAAAGGACGGCUUACUGGACUAGACGUCGAGGCCCAUCAGCCACCUUUUCCUUCUCCCUUUUUUUCAGUAUUAUACCUCACAUCGAGGUGUUGUAGCGAUUUAUUUUGACAGUCUCACAAUCCAUUGCUGGACUGUGAUUGGUUAUUUGAAGAGCGAAGACCCCUUUUUUUUUGUUCCAGAUCCACCAAAGAAGGGCUACAGGGAAUGGAAGUUUUUUUUUGCUUUUCAUUAUGAGCAAGCAAACAUAUACACACACAUACAAACACACUUUAGGGUUGUAUCAUUAAAUGAGUUUGCUGUCAUAGAUUCUGGCCAGUCGCUGACAUCCACUUUGGCUAUAAACAGAUAUUGACAUCCGCCUCUGACACGAUGACGUUUGGUCCCUGAUCGUAGCUAACUUCAGAUGUCGUACCACAGCAUUAUGUUAAAAAAAAAAACCCUGCAAUGACACUCGACUCACUUUGCCUUAAUGUCAUUAGUCUGGCUUUGGGUGGAGACGUUCCUUUAGUGAACUAACUGCUGUUGCAGAAUUUUUUCCUUCCUAAAGAUGAAAAAUUCGGCGAACAUUGAAAAUGUCUUUUUUAUUUAUUUAUUUUGCACACAGAAGUAAUUCAAUUCAAAAGCUAAAUUGCGGCAUAGUUAACUGGUUUCAAAAUCACAUGUCGGUCAAGCCUUAGCAUGCAUACACACACACACUAACACACAAACAUUCAUGCACCGUGACAGCGAUCUGAUUUUUCUGACCUGAACCUGCCGUGCUGUGGCAAGGGAUGGGAACGUGACAUAUCACAAUGAUUUCCCAGAUCGCUUAGUCAUCCAUGUGAUUUGACUGGGAGCUGCUUUUUUUUUUGUUUGUUUUGGUUCUUAUGUUUUUGCCAGUCACUACCAAAUCCUCAUGUUAGCUGCUGGUAGGUGUAUGAUAAACCGUGUUUUUCCAGCUUUCCUCAUGAACAUGCUGGGAAAACAUUCUCCUCUUUCCUGCUCAGCGGUCCAGCAAAAGAUGUUCCUUUGGGCUAAUCGGGGGAUUCGGGAAGGAACAGAGGAAGGGAAGAGAUCCCGUGUAAAGGUUGGCCUAAAUCUGGAAUAAUUCCCCGUAUAGACGAGAGAGUGACGAGGCACUCUGAAUUGUUCUGCGGUAGCUUCUUGUUGUUGUCAUUUUCUGAAGCCUGGAUUUUAAGACAUUUCUGUUUGCUUUUGUCUGCUCAGAAACAAAAAGGGAAGGGACGGAGAACCAACCGUCACUUUACUCGGUCCCCGUUUUCCUUUGUGAUCUGUGUUAAUCGGUUUUGCCGUGUCUGUGAUACAUGUGUGUGUGUGUGUGUGUGUUUUAUGAAUUAAGAAUUAACUCAUGCUAUAGGCCCAAUUCAUGUUGAUGGAUAGCACAACGGCGCACAGUCCCGGAGGAACAACAAGAGAAAGAAGACAGAGAGCGAAUGCACUUUUUUUUUCUCCAGUAUUUAAGCCGUGAUUGCUGCUGCUGCUGCUGCUGCCGCUGCCGCCACUGCUUCCUCACUUGGCGCAGCUCCCAGUGCAUUGUGGGAUUGUGAUUUCCCAGCGGUGAGAAUCAAACUCCAUCUGCUGAACUGACACACACACACACACACACUCAGAAACAGUGGAAGCAGUACAUCCAGGCACAGGCUUAUCUGAACAAGCACACAGCAAACAAACACGUCUGCUACUCAUGCAGGAAAAUAGUCACACAUGCACACACCUGCACACACACUGUGCCAUAAUGCCAUCUCCACUGUGAUAAACCAUUUUAGCUGUGAAGAUGAAAAGUUUUAUCUUACAUUAAAAAAGAUUUGGCUAAAAGCCCUUCCCCACAUGCCAUCCCGACGCUGUAUGUGCGUAUUGUUGCUUUGAAAACUGCCACUCAGCAUCCAGCGUCCGUUAUUUCUGCCGUAUGUGAAGCAAUAGUAUCACUGUGGUAGUGAAUAGAGCCAAUAGCACAGAGCCGGACAUUCAGAAUAGGGGAAGAGAGUGUAUAGAUAAAAGUAUACCAGCUUCAAGUUACCCAUGUAUCAGGAAUUCAUUGUCAGUCUGCAUUGUUUUGAAUGGUUCAGUUUUUCAGUUUUAUGUAAAAAAAAAAAAAAAAAAAAAGAUUAAAAAAUCUGUUUUUAAAGCCGUUUGAAGAUGCGUCCCAAAUCAGGGGCUGGAUCCUCUGAAGGAUGCGGUCCACAAAGUGUCCAGCUGAACCUGCUCCUGUAUCCUAAAUGGAACAUCAUUUUACACCCGCAGAGAUAAAAAUUAUUGUUGUGUUCUGGUGCUCCUUGUCAACUCGUCAAGUCUACGUUUACUAGUUUCCAUCAGCUGACGAUGUUUGCAGCGUGAGCUGUGUCGUUUAACACAGACCGAACACCAGGUAAAAAGUGGACCAGGUUGAUGGUAGAUAACAUCCAUAUUACUUCCAUUGAUUUGUAAUGCCCUGUGAUUAACAUGUCCAUGCUGCAAACAGUGGAGUUUGUGCCUGGCUUCCAUUAUUUAUGACCUAAUGUCCGUUUAGUCCAUGUGAUAUGAUCACCUUAACUCAAGUACCUGGUAAAGAUCAUUUAUGAGUCGACAGAGAUUCCCUGAACGCUCCAUUGUUGAAUCUUGAGGAUGAGCAGAUGGGCCCUCCAAAUUUUAGUUAGUAAUAAAAAAAAGGUGACGUUUCUUUACCUUUUGUGGAUGUGAAUGUGCUGGAAAUGCAAACUGUGGCGGAUCCAUCUUUAGACAAAUUCUUUUUUUCAUGUCAUAUGGGAGGCAUAAUAACCUUGCAUGACACAGUUUGGUUUUAUUUUGAGGAAUUGCUGGACAUAAAGAGAGCACAGAGAAAAAUCUCACUUUCCGAUUCAUAAUUACUGGAUUACUUCGAAGCUGAUGUGAACAACAUUUACCAGCUGGAGCCUGACAGUUAGAGUAACUCUGAUAUGACAUGAACAGGGCACACAUUGCAGCUUACCCUGAUUGUCUGUAGAAUUAUGUAAACCUGUUUCAGCAUUUGAACUG